CCGCAGGUGCAGAGGAGGGAGGUUGACUUCCCAAGGUGGGAGUCGACCUGACCGGUUCGACCGUCCUACGCCUUUCGAUCGACAGUCACGCUCACGAAGUCGAUACAUCCAGGUGCUAAAGAACAACAAAAAAAAUAACCAGAACAAUAUGUUCUGCACCAAAAAUCUUCUCCAGAGGGAUAAAUAAUCCAAGUAUGGACCCCCCCAGGAACGAGCCUUUCGACUACAGCUAAAGUUAUUUCUCGGUAGAUGUUGCUGGGAGUAGGAUGCGUGAUUAAUGCGAAAUCGAGGAAUUAACAUGUUGACUAAUUGGAUCAUCGGAGUUUUCCUGAUCACGAGGGUGGGGGGCACUCUGGACCCAGCUGGUACAAAAUGUGGACAGAAGAGGUGCAGCACAACUGAGUAUUGCAGUCCUUAUGACACUCAGUGUCGUCCGUGUGCAACAGCAUGCGACACCUCCAGUCACAAUUACCAGGAGGAGAUCUGCGUCAAAGACUGUCAGGAGUUCCUCCACGAUCAGAGGUACGUCCUUCGUGGAGAGUUGGGGAGAGACGUCGUCUCCAGAGAUUAUGGGCAAAGUACGCUGAUUCACGUGUCUCUGGUUAUCUCUCUCAUUUCAUUUGUCGGCGUCUUUUGCCUGUACCUGGGGAUGAUCCUCAAAGGGAAAAGACUGAGGGGCGUGUGGAAGAAAUUUUUUGGCACGAGAUGGACGAAGAAAAAAAUUAAUAAAAUACGAGACGACGUCGAGGCUGGGCCUCCGAAGCACCAGAACGGUUUGAAACUUACAAUGCCGACUAUCAGCCGAUCUGUGGCCGCUGCUAGUCAGGGUCAUGGGACUAAUGUGAGUACUUCUAGUACUCCCAACACCACCAGCACACCCUUGUCUAGAAGGCAUCCCAGUGAAGACACUACUCUGGAUUAUGCUUAUGACAAUCCUGCGAUGACCCCCAGUCCUGAGACUGCAACCGCUAAAUCGAAGAAGGAAAGCUCUUUUUAAUUAUAAUCCAUCAACUGAAAUGACAUUUUCGUCAUUGACGAUAUUCACCAGGUAUCGAAUUUUCGAAAAUUGUCUUUGACAAAAUUUUUGGCCGAUUUGUAUGCCAUUUUUGAAUUUUCACAUUUUCAAAUUUUAUCCGUUGACUUUUCAACCAAUUUUUGACACUUUGCAAAUGAAAAUGAAUUUUUAUGGGAGGACUUUUUAAUCGUCGUGAGAAUACGAAUUUUUAAGAAAACUAUUUAAUUUAUAAUUAAUUGAUAUUCACUUUUCGCAGAGAGAUAAAGUUGAGUGAAUUAGAUGAAAAAUUGUGUAUUGAAAAAGAGUUUCUUGAUGCAGGAAAUAUUUUUCUAAGAGGAAGAUAUUUUUUUUUCUCUGUCUCAUUAACGAUAGGAUGUGUGUUCGCUGCAAUCGUGAACCGUGCGGCUGUGCGACUUAAUUCAUAUUAAAUCCAAUCAAUCGUUUAUCCCUCAACUCUAUAAACUAUCUAUUAAUUACUCUGUAAAUUCAGCGAAAGCUAAUUUUAUCUCGAAUGGUUUAACAUAACUCCACCCUUAUCGACUUAGUUUACCCAGCACUUGCUAAUGAGCUCUGAAUUUCCAGAGCCAACUUUUAGUUCUUAAGUGUAACGAAAUCCUUAUCAGCCAUUCCGUCCAUGAAAGGCCUUGAGUGCAAACGCAGUGCAAUAAAUGCAGGCUUUGCAUAGGUCGGUUACGUUUCGCAUGAAAACCCGGUAAGAAAACUCAAAUCAUUCCCGCAAAUAAAAAAAAAAUUGAGUGACAUGAAGACGAAGUCGGGAGUAACUCAAAUUUCAGCUCAACUCGAAAAAAAUUAUUGAAUAACUAUAUGAAUUUUUUAAACAAAUCCAAUCCAAUCAGAACUUCACAAUUUCAAAACUGAAUAAUAAAAAAUCUUGGAAUAUCACUUUUGAGAUUGCAGAAUUUGCUCAAUAAAAAUUGAAGAACCGAAUGAAAAAAAAAACAAAUGUACAAAGAAAUUGCUCAAGAAAUUCUCCGUGCACUUAGAAAAUGACUAAUUACUCCGUUUUCGUGGUGAAACUGACCGACUAAUUACUGUAACUAUUCUACAAUUAGUAUU